UGACGGCAAUAUUGUGCGCCGGUGAAGCACAAAUCCGGCGACUGACUUUAACCAGUCCGGUUGCCCAGUAUUUUGGGUUAGUUUAGUGCUGUGUCCGUUUUGUUUACUUAGCACACAGUAGGCUUGUUAGUGUAGUUUUGCGAUAUUGGGAAGCUGCUAGCAGUGGCUUGCUCAAAUCAAAUCAUGGCUUAUAUUCAGGUUUUGAAGGUCCUGCACCGAAAUCUGCAGCACAGAGCACCACAGGUCAACGUGCUUAUCCAUACGCACAGGAGAGUGUCAACAUUAUCAAGACUGGCCUUCCACAGUGGACUAGAGGCUAAUUCACCUGUGCUAAGCUGCUUAAUACAAACACACAGACGGCGGGGUAUUUGUCUCGACUUUACAGCCAGAAAUAAAAGCAGCCCCGAGGACCGAGACAGGUCAGUGUCCAAGUACCAGAGUGGGAGUCCAAAGCCUUCAGCUGCACAAAAAGUGAAAGAAGCUGGCAGGGACUUCACCUACCUGAUCGUGGUACUCAUCGGGCUUGGAGUGACAGGUGGGCUGCUGUAUGUGGUGUUCCAAGAGCUGUUUGCAUCCGCGAGUCCAAAUAAAGUGUAUGGGAGAGCCUUCGAUAAAGUCAAGUCACACCCAGAGGUAAUUGGUGCAUUUGGUGAGCCAAUCAAAUGUUACGGGGAGACCACCCGUCGAGGAAGGAGGCAGCAAGUCAGUCAUAUCGAGUACCUGAAGGAUGGAAUGAAGCAUAUGAGACUUAAGUUUUACAUUGAGGGCUCAGAGCCGGGAGUGAAGGGGACAGUGCAUACAGAGUCUAAAGAGAAUCCUGAAACUGGAAAAUAUGAGUUUCGUUAUAUAUUUGUGGACAUGGAUGUCUACCCAAGACGGACUAUAAUUGUGGAAGAUAACCGAUAAGGACCGUAGAUGUGUGAUUCAGCGCUAUGGAAGCAUGAGGAGUGUGUGCUAGAUGUGUUGAUGGACAAAACAGCUGGAGAAUUCACCUUCACAUAAUGUCAGAGGCUGUUAAACAAUUACAGCUUUGGUGUAGAGCCUUGCAAAGCAGAGAUCAAAGGAUCACAUGGCCCCGUGCUACUAAUUUAUAAAUGUUUGGUUUUUUACUAGAUUGUGAUCUUGAUUUUGAAAUAAUAUCUUAAAUUUGAAUAAAAUAAAACACUUGGGAACAAACAUA